GGGAAUCUCAUCCUAUUCCGGGAUCCAUCGAUGACAUCAACUUCGAAACUAAACACAUAUAGAUCACCUCAGAGCAGCACUGUAUAGAUGAUGGGAAGCCAUUCCUGUUCAAUCAAUCCAUUCUUCUCAUUGAUGAAAGGACCUCUAAUUUCCGACGGAAACAACGGCGACGUCGAGAGCUCGAAAGUCCUUCAAUGGCUGGGGAAGAAGCCUCGGGAUUCGACGCUGUUUGUUUCCUUUGGGAGCGAGUAUUUUCUGUCGGAGAUGGAGGUUGAAGAAAUUGCGAAAGGGCUAGAGCUUUGUGACAGUACGAUUAACUUCAUAUGGAUCAUCCGUUUUCCUAUCGACACAACUAUAACCCUCGAUGAAAUGUUGCCGCGAGGCUUUCUUGAUCGGGUCGGGGAGAGAGGAAUGGUUAUAACGGGAUGGGCGCCGCAGGCGGAGAUAUUGGCGCAUCCUAAUACGGGAGGGUUCUUGAGUCAUUGCGGGUGGAGUUCUGUUGUCGAAAGCAUGUACUUUGGCGUGCCGGUCGUAGCCAUGCCGAUGAAGGUUGAUCAGCCGAUAAAUGCUAAGAUGUUGGUCGAGGCUGGUAGCGCCGUGGAGGUUCGGAGGAACGAAAAUGACGGGUUUAAAGGGGAGGAGAUAGCGACGGCGGUGAUGAAGGUGUUUAGUGGCGACUGGAUGAGACGUCGGGCGCGGGAAUUGCGCGAGACGACGAAGAUUGAGAAGGAGAUAUUGUUGGAUGAAGUAGCUCAAGAACUAUGGCAACUUUUGUGUGAAUACUCAUGAUAAUAAUAGUCUUUGUCGGGAUGACUAAGUUGGUAUUACAUGUGACCGGUGACUUUAAGAUUAUUGAUUCAUAUAUUGUUCAAAAAAUUAAGGACCUCGAUAAAUUUUUAACAAUUUGAUCCUGCGAUCAUAAGUUCAUCUGCUGUAUACAAGGCCAACUAACUCUUAUGGGACAAUUGG